AUGUGCCGGAUCGUCGGAGUUGACGACCCCAAUGACUUCCCGGUGAUCGACGCAUUUUCCACUGAUCUGGCUAAAGCGCGAAAUGUCCUGUUCGGACAUGCCACCAGCGAAAGUGGUGAACCCGUGGAACGGUUCACCGGCAUCGACAAGCUUUUGAAGGAAGCACUCCCACAGCUGCAGAAGUUUUUUGAAGGGCAGAAUAACACAGUAGUCGUGUUUCUGAUGAUCUUAGAGAUCAUUCAGAUGCAACGCUUUGUGGAAGAGCAGGGCGAGGGGAAGUGGCUCCAGCCUCUGAAGGAUUCCCUUGGCGAGGCUCUUUAUGAGCAAGUCUUGGAGGCUGGAGCUGCCUGA